CAAGGCAUCCUUUCAUGGCUUCCACGUCGGCAGACUACGUAAACUUGUCGAUAAUGUUUUGCCCUUAAUUGAUUUGAUUGUUCAAAGAAAUGAAAUUACUGAGGCGGCGGAAAACAAUUCUGGUUAUUUUAGUGUUCAUAUGGCUUGGGGGUAUGAUUUAUUUUCUGGCACCGUUGACAGGAUCAAGGGAUGACACUCGAUCUAACGGAGAUCAGGAAGACACUCACAUAAACUUUCAACAGAAUACAGACAGUCGAGACACUUAUUAUGACCAGGUAAGCUUGAAUUAUUUUUAUGAUCGUAUAUUUGUAAAUUACCAAGGCUAAUGUUUAGAAAUGUAACUGUAAUUCUUGUAGGAAUUGAUAAAUUAUUGUAUAAUGUGGCGUCAAGUGUUUUACACCUCGUCUCCGUAACUUUGAAAAGAAGCCCUAUAUAAUGUCGAGUUUCAAAAGAAUUUUGAUGAAACAUAUCCUUGGAUUUUCACCAUGGUGAUUCACUGUUCUGUUUUAAUUUAAUCCUAGAAUGAAUUUGUAGGGUUAGGCGGAAAACCAGUUGAAACAGACUCUCGAAGAAUAGAAGGUUUCGACGUGGAAAGUUAUUUAGGCGUCACUAGGGUGAGGCAAGGUGAAGAUGCCUAUGCCAGUAAUGCAUAUAAUCAAGAAGCUAGCGACAAAGCUCCCUUUAACAGAGAUGUUCCUGAUGUGAGAGCCUCUCAGUAAGUAAUGAAAGUUUUUAAAAGAUACAUAGGUAAAUUUUAAUCUUAGGUUAAAAGCAAAAAAACCUAACAGUUUGUUUUGUCUCCUGGUCAUGAUUAUGAGUAAUUAUAUAUGGGAGGCAAAGGAAAUUGCCAUCUUGCAGUAUUAGUCUCACAGGCUCCACAGGGUCAGGACGGUCUUAGCAAGGGGCAUUUUCAACUGAUUAAUCAGGAAUUCAUGAAAGUUUGUCCCUCCCCUCGCAAAAUGGAACACUGCAAGACAUAGUUGUAUUGAGAGCUUAUAUUAUAAACUGUACAAUUAUUGCUUAGGGUUAGUUACUUCUGAAAAUUACUCUAAUGGAAUAUAUAGUAUACGUCUUUUUUAAACAUUUUAUACUUCAAUCUAUAAUAUUUAAUACUUUAAUUUAUAUACAGUACAUCUUUAAACAGUCAUACUGCACUUUUAUUCAUGACAUCUCUGGCAGUGGCCAUGGGCAGUAUAAAGUGAAUCCUGUUUUCUGAUUUGCUACUUGAGUGAAAAAUAUGGACCCAUCUUGCCUGCUAGGGAUUGCCUGCUUUGAUCCCAUGAAGGAAAAAAUGACUUGCUGCAGACAUUUUAAGCUCAUAGUUUUUUUGGACAAUUUCGGCCACAGAAUUGCAAAAAGUGGCAAAAGAGGGCCAAAACAGCUCUUGCGGGCUUAUUGUGCUUUAAAAACAUUUGGCUUUUUUCUCCAUCUCUUAAAAUAAGCAAGUCUGGAUUCUUAAUGAAGUGGUUAUCUUUUUGCUAUGUAAUGAAUUCCUUAAUGAUCAAGUGUGAGGUCAAAAUGACUGGAUAUUCAGUUAGCCUUGUUCCUUUUUUUAUGGAGCAGGACUUGGUCUUGCUUCAUUAUGUUUCAUCCAAACCUACUUUGAGCUCAUUCCACACACGUUCAGUUGAUAUUGGCAGAAUAGUAAGCCACAUGUAAUUAUGUCUCUGACCCCUGCACCUUGUAAUGCUGUCCUAUCAUGUCCUCUUAAAAAAAAUUGUUUUUAUUUACAUUGAAGCUCUUGUCAAACUGAGAUGAGGAAAAUGUUUGCAAAUGAUCCACUGAUUUGCUUCACAUGUCCAUGUAGGUACAUGGCUAUCAAGAACUCAUUUCAAAACUUAGUAGUUACAUACCUCCUCUGUGUUUAGAUGCCAAGAAAGAUUGUGGAUAAGUGAUGAUUUACCAACAACAAGUAUUAUUAUUUGUUUCCAUAAUGAAGGCAGAGCUGCCUUAUUACGGACAGUCAUAAGGUACUGUAUGUUUGUCAUAAAAAUUAAUAUUGCUACUUUAAUGUUGUUUUACUUUUUUUACCCGAUUUUGAGCUAAUUAGUUUAUGUACAGGUAAGCAUGUGCAUUGGUGAGCAUUAUCUAAUAAGCGAGACACUACAAGCACCCUUAUUGAUCAAAAUCUAUCGUUCAUUGCACUGGUAAACCCUUGUUUCAAGUUUAGAUGUAUUUUAUAAAAGAAAUACACGGCUCUCUCUAUCAAUUUAUCAGCUUAAUAACCCACUUGGGAUGUUUGGAGAACUUGAGUAAAGUUUGUUAAUCAAUCACUGGUGACCAAUAUUUUGCUUAAUUAAUUCCUACUUGUGUACAUAUUGGUGCCAUUUGCUGAAACCCUGUGAACUGAUGUAUUAGUUUUGGUGCCACAAAUUGACUUUUUUUUUCAGUUGAGCCCACUUUAGUUUGGUACUAAUUAUUAUUAUAAUUACUUUUUUACAGUUCUCUCAAUAGAAGUCCUCCAAACUUGUUAAAAGAAAUCAUUCUUGUAGAUGACUUUAGUGAUAAUGGUAAGUUCUCAAUGUUCUGAGGUGCCUCUUUUACAAUGGCUUGUAGUUCUUGUAUAUUGGUUGUUCAUUGUAUAGGAUCAAAGUUACAAUGCAACUAUUUUGAAAUGUAGUAUUAAAUGUGGUUAUAUGGAACAUACAUUUAUUCAACUUCACUGAUUGGUUUAAAAUAAAUAUGUCAGAAAUUUUGUAGUUUUGUAAUAAAGUGCAAUGUGUUUAAAACUUCAUAAGCAUAAUAAUUAGAAAAUUUUUGUAAUAAACUGUUGAAUCUAUUACACCCUAGCUAUAGCUGCAAACGCUAAUCACUCAUAUUUCAAACUUUACCAGAACAAACUCGACACAUUGUUGAAUAUGGUAACUGAAAAUAACAAAAUUACAAACACGCGAAUGAGCAUGAUAUAACUUACCUUGUAUGAGUGAAAGUACUGGAAAACAACAAAGUGAAAUAAACAAGGACACUUACAAGACGAAUGUGACCAAACCAAAGACAAAAACAUGAAACCCAGAGCUAGAUAUGUAACGAUAUUUUUAGCAAACUAGACAACUAACCAAAUAAAUUACACGCGAACAUUAUGUAUACGAUAUGCAAAUAAAUAUAACCAGUACAAAACUAGUAAUAAACACCUAACACGAAACUACGAAACAUCAACACUAACAAAAAAUGAUAAUACAAAUUCUUGUUCCUACACUAACAUCAGUUUACAUGUUCUCCUUACUUUUUCUAUACAUUUCUUGUGGUACUUACAAGGAAAAUUUGUCUAACGGUCAAGAGCUUCAUGAUCAUUUCCUUUAUUCUCAUGACCAUGAGGUUCAACUCAGGGGUGAUACUCUUGGGAGAAACUGGAUGCUUAUCAUUCUACAGGGUUCAAGAGUUGAUGUAAAUUUUAAAAUCAUUUGUCUCUGUAGCUGAGGAUGGAAAGCUUUUAGAGAAACUACCUAAAGUAAGAGUACUCCGAAAUAACCAAAGAGAAGGUGAGUUAAUAUCAACUUUGUCACAAUUAUUUGCCCUGAUUUUGGGAGUUCCUUCAAUAAUUUCACUUGAAUAGCUCUGGAAAGUCAAUCUGAUUGUGAACAAACUUCACAAAUGCUAAUUUUGAGUGCAAAAGUUUCUUACUUCCUCAAGAGUUAUCUUGAAUGUUUCAGCAAACAACUUACAGCUACCACAACUUCUACUUACAGGCACUGAAAAGUUUAUUUACAUAUAUCAUAUAACAGAACAAGUCAUGACUGAUAAUUAUGGUACAUGUAUUAUUUUACCUGGAUACCUUUAAACUCAAUAUCUAACAAAAAUUAGAGAGUUAUUAAUUUUUUUUGCACAUACACAGAGCUAACAAUAUUCUUUGUCAAAAAUUGUCUCCAUGGGAACAAAGGUGUUGGUAUCAGAUUUGUUGGUCAUAAUAACAACUAUUCUUUGCAUUGUUACAAUUUUUGUUUUUUUUCAGUGAAUUUGUAAAUUGCUUUCUUUUUGGACUGUAUUUUGGAUUUGAUGUAAUGCUUUUGUGAAGACUCAGUUUAAAAAUAAAAAUUGUGGCUGUUGAAGAGCGCAGUGUCUUUACCUUCCUUUAAAUAACUUUAGAUUGAAUAUUUUUAUACAGGACUUAUGAGGUCACGUGUGAGAGGGGCAGAUGAAGCUAAGGGUGAAGUGCUGACUUUCUUGGACAGCCAUUGUGAAUGCAAUAAGAACUGGCUGGAACCACUUCUGGAGAGGAUUAAAGAGGUGAUUUAAAUUUUGUAGCUCAAUCUUUGACAAUAGUUUAUUUACAUAAACCCCUUCCACAAAUGGCCAACCUACACAUAGUCAUUUUUCUUUUCUUUAGAACUUUGUAAAACUUUAACCCAAGAAAAAAAUUGUACUACAAUUGCCAAAAUAUAUAUACCCAAAGCAUGUUGAUUUUUUUCAAUUUCUUGUGGACAUGCACAUGUACUUGAAUAUCCAAUGGAAGAUCCAUUUAUUAACAUUGAUAAUGUUCAUGUACGGUUACAUCUUGCUCUGCACUCACAUUGUAAACCACGGUAGAUACCAAACCCUGAUUAGUAGUCCAAUUUCCCCUCCUUUCUGCUAUGUAUUUCCUUGAAGACUACAGUGUAGGAAUCAAUUUGGUGUUACAUACGAGUGUACAUUUUUUCAAGAUAACAGGUCUUGACUGAUGUUUGCCUUUUCUCGCAUAUCCUUCUUGCUCAGCAAUGUUUGUUUAUGAAGAAUGUAUGUCGCACUGACUAAAUGGUUUUACAUUCCUUACUUUGAAAGGGGAAACCGAACUUAUUGAUGAAUUCUACUUAUUUUGACUUUUACUGUUUGUUUAGAAUCGCAACAUGAUUGUGAGUCCAAUCAUUGAUGUUAUCAACAUGGACACAUUUGAGUACCUAGGGUCCUCGUCAGAUCUGAGAGGAGGUACAUGACUAUAUACACACCUGUUCUGUACUGUUUGAUAACAUGUAAAUGUAUAUUUUCGUAGUAGGUGUUAUAAUCAUAACUGUUUGGUUAAAUGCUUUGAUCAGGACGUAUGUACAUAUACACAGGUAGUCUGAUUGUAUGGGUGUUUUCUUCUGGACCAAUUUGGAUUGCAUGAUGAAAUUGUGCUGGUAUUUCUAGUCAAAUAUUGGUGAAAUGAUACUCCAGGAAAUAAUGCUAUGACUAGCCAAUUGUUGUACAUGUCUGUAGAGUAUGUAAUUUAUAACUGUUGUUUAAAAUCAAAAUCAAAUUUAGCUGAAAAUCAUAAAACCAAAUUAAAAGACUGCAAAAUAGUUUGAUAUACAGAGUAUGUUACAGUUAUUAUCCUGAUGUGCCUUCUUUCAAACUGUACUUUAAAUACGAUUUUGACUGAAUUUCAUUUACUUCAACAUGUAUUUGUCCUGCAAACAACUGAUUUUUUAGCCAAGUAGUACCACUCAUUUUCUUAAAGUAAAUUGCAUCUAUUGCAUUGUACUGUAGUGAAGCAAAUUUUUGUAGUUGUGCUAACAAUCCAGGUGACAGGUUACUGAAUGAGGCUGUUAAAUUUUUCCAGGAUUUGGCUGGAACUUGAACUUCAAGUGGGAUUUUCUUCCACCUAAUGUGCUUGCUGAGAGAUCUGGUCAACCAAUGGCUCCAAUUAAGUAUGUGUGCCAGAUGAACAUGAUAAUAUUUAUUCCCUAUUCUGCCCUUUAACCAUUUACUGACCAUAACAUCAGUAUGCAUAUUCUCCAUACUGUUUUCUAUACAUUUCCUAAGGUGCUGAUAGGGAGAAUUUGUUUAACAAUCAAGAGGUUCCUUAGUUGGUGAUCAUUUUCCUUUAUUCUCCGAGAGUCAUGACCUUAACAUUUGAAUCAGGGGUGGUAUUGUAAGGAGAAAUAGUAUGCCAAGGGUCUAAAGGGUUGAUUGAGUUUUGGAUCAAUAUCAGUAUCUGGGCAACUGUCCACCUACCCCUCCCCUAACAGUCUAUUGAUAACAAGUCAGGGUUAAUGUUGGGUUAGGGGAAGGGACUAGGUGAGCAGUUGCCCAGAUACUGAUGUUGAUCUGAGUUUCAAUGAUGUUCGUUCAGUCACAGACCUCUACAGUGUGCAAGUUAUCAAUUACAGUAAUUCAGUAUCACUUUAUUUGCAGAACUCCUGUUAUAGCUGGUGGGCUAUUUUCAAUUGACAAGAAAUGGUUUGAAAGGAUCGGUAAAUAUGACAUGGACAUGGACAUUUGGGGAGGAGAGAAUUUAGGUUUGUAUACUAUACAUGAAGCUAAUCUCUAAGUUAAAUUUUAGAGUUGUGCAGUAUGGUUACUGUGUGUUAGAAUUUACUUUUAAACAUGGAAUGGAUUGUAAUGAGCUAAUAACCCAGUCACACCAAAGCUUAAACAUGUUUAAAGCUGUUUUGUUAAACCUGGGUUAAUUUAUUUUUCAUUAUAAAAGGUGCUAGACCCUUGGUCAUCGAAUUUAAUUGUGGCACAUUGAGAAUACCUCUCAAGAUGUAAGGUAUACCCCAUUUACACCAGCAAAACAUUUUUAGUUAUUUGAAUCCUACAAAAAAAUCAGUUUUUCAGUUCUCUGUUUCUGAUUUUCAUUCAGUUAAUUUACUCUUUAACUCCCAGAUCAAAUUAUUUUGUAAUUCUCUUUCACUGUCAGCCAUACAGUUCUUAUAAUGUUAGUUCAGACAAUGUAGUAUUGUAUCAACUAAUUAUCCCCAAAUUGAUAUUUUUCUCAAUUCUCAUCACUUAUCUGGUUGAUAUUGUAUUGAUAUUGUAUUGAUAUUGUAUUGAUAUUGUAUUGAUAUUGUAUUGAUAUUGUAUGGAGAAAUUUUGUCCUAGUUAUUCAUAGGAAUUAAAGGGUUAAAUCAGGUGCAACUAAACAUGUUCUGCUGGUGUGGAUGGGAUAUAAGUUACACCUUGAGAUAAUAAUAAUAAUAAUAAUAAUAAUAAUAUAGGAUUUCUAUAGCGCUCACUCUAGAGUUCGGGGCACUUUACAAUAUGUACAAUUAAAAUGAUUAUAAAUAAUUAUCUAAAUUAACCAGGAAAUAAUACUAGCAAAUUAAUUAAUAUUAAUUAUAUUAGAUGUUGUUUACAUGUAUGAAAUACUGUGUGACUGUCUUCUUAUAUGUUUACAGUUGGUGAUUGCCAGGACACCAUCAUGAUAGAGAUUGAAACUUUCACUAUCAAUAUCUUAUUUAGUGCAUGUAAAUCACCUUAACUGUCUGCCAUACAAUUCUUAUUAUGUUACAUGUGCAAUGUGGUUUGGAUAAUAUGGUAUUGGAUCACUAAUAAAACCCAAACUGGUAUAAUUUUCCUUAUUCUAUGCACAUGUGUGUUUGAUAUUGUAUCAAUAAUUUAUUGUAAGGAGAAAUUCUUUCAUGACUGCUCAUGAGAGUGAAAGGGUUAAGAAGCUGACAGCAUUUAUCUCCUUUCAUCAAAGUGACCAUAGAUGUAUAUCCUUUGAUGUGUUUUGAUUUUUCUCUCUGUACUCAGAAAUCUCCUUUAGAGCAUGGCAAUGUGGAGGAAGCAUGGAAAUCAUUCCUUGUUCAAGAGUUGGUCACGUGUUUAGAAAUAGACAUCCUUAUAAAUUUCCAGGAGGAAGUAUGAAUGUCUUCCAAAAGUAAGUCAUGAUUCUUCAGUGUUUUUUAGCACUUCCUAUAAAUGCCAUCAAUUUUUUUUCCUUUCUCUAAUUUACAAGUAUAACUAACUUCUUGUAUCAAGAUUUAUAACAAAAUUUCUAAAACCUAGGACUCAAAAGAAGCUCCUUGUUUGAGUGAGCCAUACAUGAGUAUCUUAGGUUACAAUCAUUUUUGUGCUCACAUUUUUCUGUUUGAUUUUAUUGUACUGUGUAUUGUACUGGUGGAAAUUAAUAUUUUGUAGCAAUAAUGUAAUGAACGUCAUCGAGCCUCAGUUGUUUAAAAGGUGGAUAACCCUAAAUAUAUCAAUGCUAAAUAAUUUAUAUGCAGUUAAAUGCAAUUUAAUGGAGUCAACAACAAAGAGUGUCAGCGUUUUCUAGUAGUCAGUGGUUUUUGCAUAUACACAUGCAUCGGAAUUCCAUGUGCUCUUUGGGUGCCUGUUUCCCUUUCCUGCAUGGGGGCUUAUGGCUGGGUUGCCAGGAUUUGCCAGGUAAGGGAGAAGUCUCCAUCAAGGUGCUGGCUACCAAUAAUGGAAGCUCCUGGAUGUUUCAGGCACCCAACCUCCAAUUAGCGAUGCAGUUGUUAACUUGUGGAUAGCACAGUAUAUUUUGUUGACACUUAUUCGCUAGAUAAUGAUUUAUCUGUUAGCAAUUGUUUUCUGCCCUUUGAACAACUGGGCCUAGAUUGUUAAUUAAUUACUUUUAUUAAUUAUAACUAUGCCUCUGCUUUCAAGAAAUACAAGAAGAGCUGUGGAAGUUUGGAUGGAUGAUUAUAAAAAGUUUUACUAUGCAGCAGUCCCCUAUGCUAAGAACACACCUUUUGGAGAGUGAGUUUUCUGUUCAAGCAUUUUCUGGAGUCAUGCAAGUCGUACUUGAUUUUAAUUUAUCCUUAGUUAUGACUUUUUCAGUUGACAAAGUCCAUGAAGAUGUAAAAAGUUAAUGAUUGGGUAUGAUUUAAUGUGUCCAUCAGGAUAAUUUGGAUUGACAAUAUGUAAACAGUGACCCAGUGUGUCAUUUUAUUUAUUUAGUGAUAAAAGCUUUGGUCUACUUAGGGAGUAGACGAAUCUUCUUGAUCAAUUUUCCUUAUUAUCUUUACUUUGAAUGUUUUUCUGCUCUCUACUAUGUAAAAUCUAUAUUAUUGCAGUGGAUGUUCUUUCUUUUAUCCUUAUUACGACUUUUGUUCCUCCAUCUCUUCUAACAGCAUUCAAAGCCGACUUGCACUGCGCAAGAAAUUGAAAUGUAAGCCUUUCAAGUGGUAUGUCCAGAAUGUGUAUCCUGAACUCAGGUGGGUAGGGUAGGGUUGAAAGUAAUCAAGGAUUGCUGUAGUCUUCCCUUCUGCCCUGUAUGCCCUGAGAUUUCUCCAGAUAACACCUGCUAUCCUCAACCAAUCAGAUGCAGAACUAAAACCAAUUGCUACCAGAUCAUACGUAACAUUUUUCCACAUCCUAGGCAUAUUAUUUUACCUUUGUUUUGAUUAGUAGUGGUGAUUAUUAAGGGUUUUUUUUUUCAAUGAUGAUCAAUCAAAGUGCACUUCAGAAAUAACUUAGUAGUCACACUGUACACUGUACAUGUACUUGUAAACAUAUUGCAAGCAUACAUGUGUUAAGGAAUGAACUUGUUUGCACUCUUUACAUCACAAUUAACUCAAAAUAACAUCAAUCACAUAACUUUUUUAUUGUUUAUUAAUUACAAUUUUAUAAUCUACACUGUAUUAUACAACAAUCAUACCUAUGGAUUACCUACAGUUCUGUGUUACAAAGUACAUUAUGUUACAGUAUUGCUUUGCUACAUGUAACUUGGAUCUUUUACUAAAUACCAUAAUAUAUAGCUGAAAUGAUCAUUGAAUUCUUACAAGUAGUUUCCUACAAAACACUUUUGUCAGAUGUCCUAGAAACAUGAAAAGAGCCAAAAACCACAAUAUAUGGUAGACAUAUUAUUCAAAUUCAAAAAACAAAAAUGAAAGAAAAACACUUCAAAUAUGUUCAUGAACCUGAGUCAAGGGAAAAUCACAGAAAUGUUCAUAGUGACUAGUAUUUUGUGCCAUUUUUUCCAAUUGUUUUUCCAUCAAUAGAUUACAACUUUGAUACAAAGCAAGUUUGUUCUGAGAUGGUGCUGUUAAGAGACCAUGUCAUAUUUAUCACCAUGAUUAUCAUAAGAAUUUUAUGUCAAUAGAGUCCCUGAGGAUGAUGACACCACAGCAUUUGGGGAGGUCAAGCAAGGCAAAGACUGCAUGGACACCCUAGGGCAUACCAGUGGGGGUACUGUGGGGCUGUUUGAAUGUCAUGGAGCUGGAGGAAAUCAGGUUAGUGGCUACUUAACAUACAAAGCCUGUAUCUUUGAUGUACUCAUGCUCAUACAUGUAGUGAUUGUUGAAUCUAACUGAGUUGCAGAUGUGAAUUGCCCGAAAAGGCUGCAAGGGCUUUGUUUACCUGUAUGUAUUAAUCAUCAAAAAUAGAUCUUAACUGGUAGAAACAUGCAGUUGAAUAAAAGUAGCAAAUGUGAAACAAAUUGAAUAUAUAGGAGAGCACAUUCACUAAGUCAGACAAGAGAGAGUUGAUGGUAUUGGUUGAAAUUUUUCACUUAACAGUUGUGGAAUUUUGUCAAGAACAAGAUGUUGAAACAUGACUCGUUUUGUCUGGAAACUGCCAAUGAAAAAGAAGGGACCCCAGCACUUUUACGUGAAUGUGAUGAGCAGAAUUCCAAUCAGGUAUAGUUGAAAAAAGUUUGCCAUGUCCAUAUAAAUCCUUAUAUACCAGAUGAAUGCUGUCUUGCUGGAAAUGUAGAAUGCAGUUAUUCAUGUCUGGCAGUUAACCCUUUACACCUUACCAUCAGUAUGCAUAUUCCCCAAUCUGUUCUCCCUAUAUUUUCUAAGGUGCUGAUAAGGAGAAUUUGGUUAUCUAUCAAAAGCUUCUUUAGUUGGUGAUCAUUUCCUUCAUUCUUGCGACCUUAAUGUUUGAUUCAGGGGUAAUGUUGUUAGGGAAAAUUAGACGCUAGCUAGACACUCAUAAGAAUCAGAGGAUUAAUGGUACAGAGCAAAACAUGGUUAUGUACUGGUAAUUUGAAAUGAGUUCAGGUGCAAAUGAUCUCAAAAUAAUGAUCUGUAAGUAGUUUCAUUUGGAAUCUUCCUUAUGUAUGGGAUAUUAUAAUGUAUUUAGAACAAAGGACUAUGCUUAACCAGUUAAGAAAAAUUUAGACCUGAACUCUAUUUUCAACUAAAAAUGUAUUUAUGGCAUUUAAAGUGAGACCAAAGAUGUCAUUUUUGGAAGGAGAUUUGGGGUGCAAUUAAAAUUUUUUUGUUUCUCUAUUUUUGUCUUUUUUUUUUUUUUCGAUUCUGCUCUCUGUAGCACUGGGAGUAUGACAAGGGCUCUAACAGGAUUAGACAUGUUGGCUCAGGGAAAUGCCUGGAUAGCAAAGAUCAGAAGGAGAAAGGACUUGUUUUAAACUCAUGUAGUGACUCAUUUACUCAAAGCUGGGCAUUUGAGGUGAAUCUUUAGCAAGGGUUCCAUUACCUAGGAUAUGAAUUUUAAAAUUAAUUUAUAUGAAGUUGACUUGCACAAUUAUUGAAUUUUCAAUUCUAACUAGCAAUUGACUCAUGUUCUGGCCGUUUAAAUCAACUGUAGGGUAGAAAAUAUUUUUGUAUGUUGUCUUAAGCUGAUUUUAUAUAGAAAUGUUUUGUUUUUCCUAUCAAUGAUGGUUGUAAAUUUUAACUAUUAGUAGUAAAAUGUUAGAACUCAUAUUCUGGUAACAUUCUGUACUGUCUUGCACACUUUAACAUGUCAUUAGCCAAUCCUUCAUUUGGGGGAGUGCAGGAGUGUGAUUACAUGUUAGUACAUUGUGAAUAAGUGAAGACUUUGACAAGUUGGAUCAUCUGAAAGAGGGUUUGGAAAAGGAAUUUGGAGUUUUCCCCAAAAUUUUCAAGGCUUACUCUGAUUUGCAGAAUAAUCGAGGUUAAACAAAAUAUAUUAAAAUGAGAUUUAAAAUCUGUACACAUGUUUAUUGAAAAAUGAUUGAUUACAGAAAAUUUAUACUGUAGGUAAAAUGUAGGUUUUCAAUUUUGCCAGUUACAGAUUUUACAUUUCUUGAGAUGCAGAUUUUACAAGAUCUGGCAGUGAGCAAGCUUAAAGUUCCCUAUUAUGGUCUGCACCUACAUUGUAUCCCUCUAUUUCUAAGAUUGAAAAUAAUUUCAAAUUGUCAGCUGUUUCUUUACAUAGUGCAGAAGUGAACUUUACAUUUUUAUAUUUCUUCUCCAAUGGUUAAAUUAUUACCCUUAGAGAACUUUUUCCAUGGUCUAGUGGAAUGAUUAUCACAGAAAACUUGCAAUUUUUAUUUAACCAGAAAGUCACAUGCAUCACAUGUUAUCACCACCAUUGUGUAAAUUUUGCCGAGCAAAAAGAUUGUAUCAGUAUUCAGUUGUAAAAAAUGUAUUUACAUCAGGAUUUUCAUUGAUUUGUCCUGAAAUUUAAAAAAAAUUGUAAUAAGUAAUUAGAAGACAUUAAAAAAAUGUAUUAAAAUAAUUACAUUUUCUUGAAAAAAUUAAAAUCUAUUAUGGAAGAACUGAUUUUAAGAUGCUACAUUAUUGUAUUGUCAACCAUGAAAGUAGGUGUGUGAAGUCACUGUUGUGGAACUUGGUGUGAUUUAACAGCUUCAUUAUACAAGCAGUAUUUUCAGUAGUAGGAUGAGUGGAUUCAGGUGAAUGCUUUGCUCACUAAUUUUGGGAAAUUGCUGCAAUUUUCUCAAAUGGAAAUUUAAUUUCACCUUUGUAAAGCCCACAGGAAGGAGCUGGAGCACAAAAGAAGUGAAAGAAGAAACACUGGACAUAGUCGAGUGUUUCUCCCCACUUCUCACUUCUUGAGUGGUUGAUGCUCUAUACUCUCAUAAAGCAUGCUACAAUAAGCCAAUCAGAAUCCUUGUAAGAAUGGUUGAUUCUUGUAAGAAUGGUCAGUGAAAUCCGGCCAAAUUGAAGCUAAUAAAAACAC